AAGUAUUUUGGCAUUGCGCACCCACUGUGGUCACCCAUGUUGCCUCAGCUGAGCUUCUCAGGAGAUUCUUGGAGAAGGUGUCACCAUAGCCAAUCUAACCUCUGAAGUUUUUGCCAGGGAAAAGUCAUCUCUAAGUCUUGGAAGAACACAGAAAAUGGCCUUUCACACAUGGCCCUCAAACAGAUUGCACUUCCUCUUGCUCUUCCUGUUUUCCAAGCUGCUGUCAGCCAGAUGGUUUCCUAAAAGCUUACCCUGUGAUGUAAAAGUAGAAGCUUCAAAAGCCAAUGUGAUAGUGGACUGCAGUGAUCGUCGCCUCACUGAAAUCCCACAAGGGAUUCCUCCGAACACCACCAACCUGACUCUCACCAUUAACCAUAUUCCAAACAUUUACCCAACAUCCUUUGUCCAUCUUGAUAAUCUUUUGGAGAUUGAUUUCAGGUGCAACUGUGUGCCUGUUCGACUGGGGCCAAAGGAUCAUGUGUGCACCAGGGGACUGCAAAUCCAGAACAGCAGCUUUGCCACUCUUAGAAAGUUAGAGUCAUUGUACUUGGAUGGAAAUCAGCUUCCAGAAAUACCUCGGGGGCUUCCUUCUAAUUUACGCCUGCUGAGCCUCGAAGCAAACAGCAUUUUUUCCAUCACAAAAGAGAAUCUGUCAGAACUGGGAAACAUAGAAAUGUUGUACCUGGGACAGAACUGCUAUUACCGUAAUCCAUGCAAUGUUUCAUUUGAAAUUGAAGAAGCAGCCUUCCGGGACCUGAGAAAUUUAAUAGUAUUGUCCCUGAAAGCCAAUAAUUUAACCUACAUUCCACACAAUUUGUCAUCUACUUUAAAGGAACUGUACCUUUACAAUAACAUGAUUCAAAAAGUUCAGGAGCAUGAUUUAAAUGACCUUUACAAUUUGGAAAUUCUUGAUUUAAGUGGCAACUGCCCUCGCUGUUACAAUGCCCCAUUUCCGUGUACUCCGUGCCCUAAUAAUGCCCCAAUUUGGAUCCAUCACAAGGCCUUUGAUGCCUUAAAAGAAUUAAAAAUUCUGCGCCUUCACAGUAACUCCCUUCACAAGGUACCCAGUAGCUGGUUUAAGAACACCAAGAAUCUCAAAGUGCUUGACCUUUCUCAAAAUUUCCUGGCCAAAGAAAUUGGAGAAGCUUGCUUUUUGAACUUUAUCCCCAACCUCGUAGAACUGGAUCUGUCCUUUAAUUUCGAACUUCAGGUUUAUUCUUCAUUUUUGAACCUGUCUAAGACAUUUUCCUCUCUCUCAAACCUGGAAAUCUUGAGGGUUAAGGGUUAUGUCUUCAGAGAAUUGAGUCAAGAAAACCUACAUCCAUUGCUUCAUCUUAGAAACUUGACAAUUUUGGACCUUGGAACUAAUUUUAUCAAACUCGCUAACCUGAGUAUGUUUAAAAAAUUCCCAUCUCUUAAAAUGAUAGACCUCUCAGUAAAUAAAAUAUCUCCUUCUUCAGGUGAAUUCAAUAAUCAUGGUUUUUGUUCUAUCCCCAUGCCUUCAGUAGACCAAUACAAAAGCCAAAUGCUGCAGGAAAUGCAUUAUUUCCGGUAUGAUGAGUAUGGGCGAAGUUGUAAAUCCAAAGACAAAAAGGCUGCUUUCUUCCAACCUUUUGUUAAUGAGGACUGCCUCAGUUAUGGGGAAACUCUGGAUCUAAGCAGAAACAACAUAUUUUUUAUCAACCCCUCUGACUUCCAGCAUCUCACUUUCCUCAAAUGCCUCAACUUGUCAGGUAAUGCUAUCAGCCAGACUUUGAAUGGAAGUGAGUUCUACCCUCUGUCUGGACUGAAAUAUCUGGAUUUUUCUAACAAUCGGAUUGAUUUGUUGUACUCGACUGCCUUCCAGGAACUGAAAGAUCUAGAAAUUCUAGACCUGAGCAAUAACAAACAUUAUUUUCUGUCAGAAGGUAUUACUCACAUGCUUGAUUUUACAAAGAAUUUGACCUUUCUGAAGAAGCUGAUGAUGAAUGGGAAUGAAAUUUCCACUUCUACUAAUCUGGGGAUGGAAAGUCAUUCUCUUCAGACUUUGGAAUUCAAAGGAAAUCACUUAGAUGUUUUAUGGAAGGAUGGGGAUACUAGAUACUUGUCAUUUUUCAAGAAUCUGACCAGCCUAGAGCAACUGGACAUUUCCUACAACUCUCUGAGUUUUUUGCCUCCUAGUGCUUUUGAAAGCAUGCCUCCACGGCUCAAGGUACUCAUCUUAACCAAUAACAUGCUGAAAUCUUUCAACUGGGGGAAACUCCACUUUUUGGAGAAACUGGAAACCUUGGAUCUUAGCAACAAUCUGUUGAGUACUGUCCCCCGGGAGCUGUCCAAUUGCUCUGCAACCCUCCACAAACUGAUACUACAGAACAAUAGGAUCCGACGGCUGACUAAGUACUUUCUCAGAGAUGCCUUCCAGUUAAAAUACUUGGAUCUCAGCUCAAACAAAAUCCAAAUAAUUAAGAAAUCUAGCUUCCCAGAGAAUGUUAUCAGCAAUCUGGAGAUGUUGCUUUUACAUGGCAACCCUUUCAAGUGCAUUUGUGAUGCUGUGUGGUUUGUUUGGUGGAUCAACCAGACUGAGGUUACAAUUCCUCUGCUGGCCACAGAUGUGAUCUGUGCAGGCCCAGGAGCACAUAAAGGUAAGAGUGUGAUUUUCUUGGAUCUGUAUACCUGCGAAUUGGACUCCUCUCAUGUGAUCCUGUACUCUCUGUCAGCAUCAGCUAUCCUGUGUCUGAUGGUGUUCACAGUUACAAGUCACCUCUAUUUCUGGGAUGUGUGGUAUAGUUACCAUUUAUGCACUGCCAAGAUAAAGGGCUAUCGGCGUUUACAUUCACCAGAAACUUGCUAUGAUGCUUUCGUUUCCUACGAUAACGAAGAUCCAGCUGUAGCUGAAUGGAUCUUGAAAGAAUUAGUUGAAAACCUGGAAGAUCAAAAAGAUAAACAGUUCAAUUUAUGUUUGGAAGAAAGAGAUUGGCUGCCGGGGCAACCAGUUUUGGACAACCUUUCCCAGAGCAUACAACUGAGCCGAAAAACCGUAUUUGUGCUGACUAACAAGUACACAACAAGUGGCAACUUUAAGACAGCAUUUUACAUGGCACACCAGAGACUUAUGGAUGAAAAAGUGGAUGUGAUUAUCUUGAUAUUUCUUGAGAGAGCUCUGAAGAAGUCCAGGUACCUCCAGCUGAGGAAAAGGCUGUGUAGUAGCUCUGUCCUUGAGUGGCCAACCAAUCCUCAGUCCCAGUGUUACUUCUGGCAGUGUCUGAAAAAUGCAUUAAUGACAAACAAUGACAGAACCUACAACAAACUGUUCCAAGAGACUGUGUAGCUCUCCCACACCCUGUACAAUCUUAGUAUGAUAUUGAGUAGACUGG